AUGGCGCACGACGGCAGCAACCUGUUCCAGAUCCGCCGCAUCUUCGGCUUCCCGGCGGCGCCCGCGGAUGCCAAGGGCGCCGUGCCGGCGCUCCAUAUCGCGGCCAUGGCCGUGCACACGCUGGAGAAGAAGCAGCUGCUGGCGCUGGCCGUGGCCGAGGAGUUCCCGCGGCCCGUCGUCUCCUCCAAGGGCGCGGGCGACACGGUAACCGCGGGACCCGCCGACGCCAAGACCAACUUCCUGCUGGUCCGCACGGUCGAGGAGGACCAGCGCACGCGGUUCUGGCGGUUCCCCGUGUGCUCCACGCCCAAGCAGCAGAAGGCGGGCAAGGCGGAGCGGCUCUCGGCGCUCGAGUUCAGCCCCGAGGGCGACUGGCUCGCGGCGCUCUCGCAGCGCAAGAACCGCCUGCACCUGGUGCCGGUGCUCACGCUGGUGGCCAAACAGCGGCGCGCCAUGCUGGACGCGUCGUACCAGCCUACGUCGCACCAGCGCGAGCUCAUGAGCGUCAACCAGGCGGCCAUGACGACGCAGAUGGCGUCGUAUCUUCGCGCCACCAACGAGUACGGAGGCCUCAACGGAGCUCGCUACCACUCGCAGGUGGCUGGGGAUGACGAGCAGAUGAGCACGCUCGAGUUCGCGCCGGGUAUUGGAAGCAUCACGUGCGUCAGGUGGUGGAGGUCCCUUAACGGCAAGAAUUAUUGCCUCGUAGGAGGCACGGAGAGUUUGAUAUCCAUUGUCAAUGUGGAGGAGAACGCGGAAGAGUGUAGAUGUGAACUGGUGAAUGGAGGAACCAUCGUUAGUAUUGAUCUGCUGCAAGAGAACUUCAGGAAGGAGCGCAGGACGUCUAUGCUGGUCAAGACCAAGACGGACGAGAUUGACGAGAAGGAGAAGGAGAUCGGAGGAACGGGGGUCAGGUACUACCGCGUAGUGCUGGAAAAGAAGUUCCAGCUGAGACCCAAAGUGUCGCCACGCAAGGGGAAGGCACAACAGGAUGAAAGCGAGUCGACGAAUGCGACGUCGGCGCUGAAGAUUGUGACGACGACUGGUGGAUCGUCGUCUUCCAGCGAAACAAACUUUACGACGACCAACACUGGAGGUGGUUCGUCCAGCCCGUUCAGCUUUGCCAAAGCACCAAAGUUUGUCGUCAAGACGUUCCCGCAGCACUUUUUGGAAGACAUGGACUUCCGUCCGCAGCGGAUCAAGAAGAACUCGCCGCAGGUGUGUCUCUAUCCUAUCAACGGUGUACUGAGUUCAGAGUCGUCAUUAGCGUUGUACGACUGCAAGAAGCGGAAGGCCAACCUCUAUUCCAACUUCCACUGGAGACUGAAGGGUGAGUAUGAAGUUCCUGACCUUAUGCCGUCAUCUUUCGCUGAAUCUGGGGAGCAAGAUGGAAGCGGGAGGAGUGGAAGUAGUGACCAGCAGGAAGGAUCGGAAGGCUCCGGUACUGAAGAGGACAAAGAAGAAGUCGUCGACGUUGACCUGAGUUACUGUUCGACGGACUUAAUGCUACUCCAAGGUCGCAUGUCAAAGUCAAACGAAACUAUUUCUACGUGGGUUUCUCUGCCUUCCAACCAAGGCAUGGACGAAGACGUCGUGAAAGCACAUAUUGUGCACUACCUCUCGUUACACGGCAAUGAGAGGAUUGAGCGCGUAGUGCAGAGUACAGCACGAAGCCGUGGAAACGCGAGUCGAAGUCGUGCGAGCGGUAAUGUUGGUGGUCAAUCGGGUGAGGCUGAGAUUAUCUACAUCCUGCAGACAAAGCACCAUGUGUAUGAAUGCCGCCCGCAAUGGUCUCGAUUGGCCCUUUUCAAGGCAUUGUGUGCACGCACCAUCGCACUUCGUGACGCCUUGUCUAUCGGCUACGCACUUGGUAUCGACAUGGCAUCGCUGUGUCAGGUUGUCGCGAAUACCUUGUACACCAACGUGAUCGACGGUACUACACCUGGAGAUCCCCAACUUAUUCAAUGGGUGCGCGAUCUGUUCGAAGUCUCGCGAGUGGUGCCGUCCAGUGCAGUGGAGCAACUGACGGCUAUGGGUGGUGUGCAAAGUGCCAUUGACUAUGCUCAGCAUGUGCUAUCCAAGCCUGUACGAGAUUCAUUCUACGAUGGAUCGGAGAGAAGACGCGUCGCACUCUUGCUGGUGGAGCUGGUACUCCAGCAGCAGCUGCAAAAGGAUACAUCGUCUGAUAUUGACGCGGGGUCGGAAUUACCAUCGCAGGAAAAGACCGAUGAAGAACGGGAGGCGUGGCUUGUGGAGUUCUUGGAGACAAACAGUGAUUACAUGACCACUGACAUUGUGGAUCUCUGUCUAUCCCAGCAGCAUGUGGACAAAGCCAUCCUUGUAGCAACUCGGCGGGAUGAGGUGCCGCAAGUGCUUGAGAAGAUCGUUCACGAGGGCCUGGCCUCCGCUUUUCCUGGAUACGGAUUGGUGAGCGAAGAACCCAGUAGUGAUGACGAAUAUUCUCAAGCAAAACUGGAGAUGCUUAUGAAGGACUUGGCAGCCCAGUAUCGACCGCCUAUUAUGGUGUCUCGGUGCGUGGACUACGAGAAUUGGACAGCUGCAGCCUGUAUUUAUGAGGCCCAUGGCGAGCUAGUGGAAGCACUUGAGUGUCGGUUGCACUCGCAUAACGCAAAAAUUUCGUCGACUUCAACUGCUGUGGAGACACCGUCCGAGGAUAGCGUCACUCGCCGUCGGCAGCAGUCAGGUGACUCGAUUGGAAGUGCUGUGUCCGAGGAAUCCGACUUCCAGGAGCAGAUGCGCGAGGAGCUAUUGGGUUUGUUGAAUUCGCUCGUUGUGCAGAGCCACAGUUCAGACGUCAUUUUGGAGCAAGUCCGUGCCGCCAUUCUUGCGCGUAUUUUAGUUAAGUGGUUUGACUAUGGCCUGAAGCACACAGUACUGGAAGUAUUUCUCAUCGACCCCGACGUGUUCACACACGUGUCGUCUUUGUUGGCGCAAAUCUUCUUCUCGGACGUUGUCGCAUCGAUUUUGGGGGCUGAAUCGGGUGGGCCGGCGAUGUCUACAACAAGUGGGCGGAACGUUAGUCGUGGAUUCGACGACCGUGACAAGGAAUGGGUGCACAAAUGCCAGCACCUCCCGUUCUCGGGGCAGUUCCUCUUUAGAGUGUGCGUGUCCUUUUUGGAGAAGGACUACGAAAAUCCCGAGGCGUUGGACUCCCUCAGCUCCGAGUCGCCGACGCUAAAGCUGCUGGAGCUCGUGAAGAAUAACGUUGUUGAGAACGAUCUGUCGCAUGGUGCUGUCUCCAUCGGCCCCCAUUCAGCGCAGGCCCUCGGAAAGACCGAUCCGUUGGAGACUCACGUGAAGGCUUUUACAUGCGGCCACCUGUUCCCCAAGCGUGUGUUUGAAGAGGAGGUCGUGCCGGAAUUCGAGAAGCGAAUGAACGCACUGCCCAUGCCGCUGUUUGCGACGAAGCUGGCUUUCACGAGGGAGUUCAAGCGCUGUGCCAGCGAGUCGCCUUGUCCAGUGUGUAGUUUCAACAAGAUCAGCCAGCUUGUGUUCCAACAGUGCAAAUCCAGACAAGCCGCGAAGCGGACGGAACCUACGAACGGCGUUGGUGUCCCUGGCGAACCGGCAGUGCGAGCCAGACCUCGCGCACAGCUUAUGCAGAAGUCAAAGGUGCCGUACUACUUCUUGCACCGAGAAGCAAGUGAACGUCUGGGGUUUUCAGCUGAAGUGCAAAAUAUGAAGCCGCUGAAGCAUGAAGCGUGGGAGUGGAGAGAACAGCGAGCUUCUUAG